CCGACGUCUGGCAAAAGCAUGUGUCAUUCGGCUGCUUCUUGCUAGGUGAAAAGCAGCCGACAUGCACUCAAUCAUCAAAUGAGCGGUCGGAUGGGAUCCGCAGUCAUCGGCCUCGUUUCUGAUCCUCGUAGGUAGGUAAUCUCUGCAUGAUUUGGGCGGUAUGGCGGCUGUCAAUGUCAUUGCAGUCGGAGCCCGUAUGAUAUCCCCUGACCAGCAGCUUUGCAGGUGGUGAUAGAUCAGGAAUGCUGCAGGAUCUCUAGAAUUGAGCCAGUGGCAGAAGUUGAGCUCCAUUCAUUGCCACAUUGCAUUAGAAUCCAAUGUAGCAGCGGAAGACAGGGUGGGUGCUUCUGGAGAAGUUCUCUGCAAGUCGCCGGCGCCUUUCGUUUGCACGCGUUGCUUGCGCAUUAGUUGCGAACGCCAUCGAGGGGCGCUGUCACGUCGACACCACCAUCGCAUCCUGCGGAGUGCAGUAGAGGGCAGCUCCAGCUCGGCGCAUGAGUUGGGAUGAGGAGAGAUCCAUUUCGGUCCUCUUGAAGCGCCAGCUGUCUACGUCGGGAUGCUGUUGAAGAAAGCCAUUGAAUGUAGAAGAAGAGCUUCUGCAGUACCCUAGUGGCCAGAAAAUAGAGGCCAUGUAAAUAUCUGCUUCGUCGUAGCAGUGGUGAUCUCAGAAGAGAAGACUGGUGGCAUGUCAGAUCACGCAACACAUGCACAAGGGCAAGGCAGUUUGAAAGCAGGCGGCAUCUGACCAGCUGUAGUCAACACCAACCUUGCUGGAACAAACCCACAUUUCUGGUACUACGAGGAAGCUGCAGUGUUGAACAAAGUAGCCACAGCCUGUUUCAAACUUUUGAACAAUGGGGGAGAGCGGGACAGGGCAUGGGACGGAAAGACAGCCGCAGUCGCCGUUGUACAGGUACAGAGUGUUGAUUGCUGUUAACGAUUCGCCUGAGAGCAGAGCGGCUCUAGAAUGGGCCACUGAGAACCUCAUCCGCGAAGGGGACCAAGUGCUGCUCUACCACUUGGUCAAGACCCCAAAGCUGAUCCCAGUAACAACGGGCAUGGUUCCCUAUCUGAAGGUGGCGCCAGAGAUGCAGAGAGCACACAACGCGGUGGCAGUCCAUAAUGCGACGUCUCUGCUGCGCAGCUGCCAGCGUUUUUGUAUAAGCAAAAAGGUGUUUGCGAAAGUCGAGGUUGGCCGGUGCGACCAGCGGGAGGCGGAGCUGCUGCGCAAGGUGGAGCAGAACGGCAUCACGCAUCUCGUCAUGGGCACCAGCCAACCCGCCAAGUUCAGCCUGCGGCCACGAAAGAAGCCCGGUCUGACAGCCCGGAUUUGCCAGGCCGCCUCGUGCCAUGUCAUCCUCGUUGAUGAGAAGCAGCGCUCGACAUUCCAUGCCAAAGUGGCGAUGAUCCAACUGGGCGGGCCUCGCUUCGGAAACAAAGAAAGCCCGACAGCUGGCAAGGAGAGGCGAGAGUCCCAGGACAUUCCGUCGGAGAUAGUUCCGGCGGAGGCGGUCGUGCCAGCAUCUGACGCUGGAGCACUCUCUUUUCAGCACUUCGACGCCGAGGAGUCUCUGCGGAGGGCGACCAGCGCCGAUUCUUUCAAAACGGCGCCCGUCGAACCCGCUUCGUCAGCCUCGUCAGCCAGCAGCCGCUCCCUAUCCGAAGCGGCCGACGAAGCUUUGGGAGCUGACGUCAGCAGGCCGGCCCUUCGGGACACUCCUCGGACGAUCUCCCAGGAUCUGGACCUCUUCUCGCUCCCUGAUACGAACGAGUAUUUGGACGAGAAAGCGUCCCCAAAGCGCCCGGCAGUUACGGGACUUUUCUACGGAGGCCGCCUGACAGAUGUCGGGGAAUCGGAGGGCGAUUCCCCACGCAGAGAAGGGGCAAGCACGGCUGGAGGGGAUGUGCAACCGGGGUUUGGGGUCCAGCAACCGGUUCAAUCCGCCAGUCCCUCAAUUCGACAAAGCAGCGCAAAAUCAGCAGCUGGUUCCGUGCAAACGCAGCCCUUCCAUUCGAGUUUGGUUGCAAAGGACGGGUUUCGUGAUCGUAGGCGAAAGUCACGUCUGGCCGGCAGAAAAGAAGAAGCCCCCCUCUUCCCCGUCUCUGAGCCCGACUCGCCCACGUUUGUCGGGGAUUUGCCGCAGACGCCCACAAGUAUCGGCGACCCCGCCGAGACCGCAAGCCGCCAGUCGUCCGAAUCUCUGAACAGCCCGGCAAGUCAGGCCUUGACACGUGGCGCCUGUACGCCGCAAGGGUCUGCGCCGUCCCUGGUAAGACACGUGGCACAACAGGAGGCGUUGAUCGCGGAGCUGCGGCAACAGGUGACGCUGCUGAAAGAGAUCAACGAGCUGCGGGACUGGGAGCUGGGGCACAUUGCCGGGCAGGCCGAGCAACUAGAGAGGGCGUUCCUGACAGAGAAGCGCAAGCGCGAGGAGGCGGAGCGGCGGGUGAAGCAGCUCGUGAUGGAGGUAGCCGCGCUCAAGCCGUGGCCAUCCGCGAGGAUGUUCAAGCCGUGCGUGCACCUUUUUGCAAUACUCUAA